CUGGCACCUUCUGCCCCAGUUCUCUUUCCUACAAAUCUCCUCCUACCUCUCCUUUUGUUUUUCCGAGGAACAUCCCCCAAAAUUUCUUAUGCUUCCUUCCCGCCUCACUGCUCCACCAACUCGGAAUCUCAAACAAGCUAUUUCUCUCUGCUCUUUUUAACCAGAAGGGAAAGAGGGAAGCAGCAAGAAAGCUGGAAUCUUGAGUUCAUAAACGCUCUCGUUCAUUCUAUUAUCUGCAAGACCUUACAUCUCCUUUCCUUGAACGGGGGUUGCAGCAAUGAGAGCAGAGUCGACGAAGAUAUCCAAGUCUUCGUGGCCGAAAUUAUCCAUGAGGAGGUGGCUUCAUAUAAAGAGCUUUGCGGAUAAAUCUCACUCAGACUUCAAUGAAUUGGGCACUCAGAAAGAGAGGAGGAAGAGCUGUUCAGAUCUAAAAAACUGUUACGUCGUCGUACCAGACGAUUUCUCUGAGGGGUGGUUGUUGGAAGCUGGGAACGGAGGGAAACAAUGUACCGUACUGGAGAAGGAAGCACCAGCUGGGAGGGAGAAACUCAACCUUAGGAUGUUCGUGGGGACGUGGAACGUAGGAGGGAAGUCACCUCACGAAGGCUUGAAUUUGAGGGACUGGCUCUCCCUCACUUCUUCCCCAGCUGACAUCUACGUUAUUGGGUUCCAAGAAAUCGUCCCUCUCAAUGCAGGGAACGUGCUGGGGCCAGGGGACUGUGGGCCGGCAGCCAAGUGGCUGACACUUAUUGGUCAAGCCUUGAACUCCAACGAGCUUGACUCCGAUUUGAAGCCAACCUCCAGUUUCUCCGGCUUGCUUUCUUUAGAGCAGCCUCUGUAUUGCCUCGCCGCAAGCAAGCAAAUGGUCGGCAUCUUCUUAUGCGUGUGGAUGCGAGCCGAUCUUCACCAGCAUGUCACCAGCUUAAAGGUGUCUUGCGUUGGCAGGGGUAUAAUGGGCUAUCUUGGAAACAAGGGUUCAAUUUCAAUUAGCAUGACAUUGUACCACACCACGUUCUGUUUUGUUUGUACCCACUUGGCCUCCGGAGAGAAAGACGGUGAUGAAGUUCGAAGAAACUUGGACGUCUCUGAAAUCCUGAAGAAAACUAAAUUUUCGUCCUCUUUUAAAGCCAUUGGACAUUCACUCUCCCGUGAAAGCAUAUUGGAACAUGAUAAGAUAAUUUGGCUCGGGGAUUUGAAUUAUCGUUUAGCUACCGGUUAUGCCGAUACCCAUGAGUUAUUAAAGAAGAACGAUUGGCAGGCAUUAUUAGAGAAAGAUCAGCUAAGGAUAGAACAAAGAGCUGGUCGAGUGUUUCAGGGUUGGAAGGAAGGAAAAAUAUAUUUUGCUCCUACCUAUAAAUACUUAGCCAAUUCUGACCACUACGUUGUCCAAACCUCGAAAUCCAAGGAAAAACAACGAACUCCUGCGUGGUGCGACCGGAUUCUGUGGAAAGGGGAGGGGCUGAAGCAGAUGUGGUACAAGAGAGGAGAGUUGAGAUUCUCAGACCACAAGCCUGUCUACUCAGUGUUCUCAGUUCAAGUGGAUACGACAACCAAGAAUCUCAGUCCGAAACCCAACAAUAAUACCGCCCUGUCGUCGACCUACGCCGCUACAGUUCAGGCAGAGGAUCAGCUUUUGUUACCAACAAGGGUACAGUAGAGUUGCAUAGAAAGCACACCCAGGUUCUGAAACACCCACUCCUAAUUCCCAUAAAGCAAAAACUGACACCAAGGAAGCUUGUCCAGUACCCCACAGCCCCGACACGUUCAACGGCCCGAAGACGGCGACCAGAGUCGGCGGAUUUUGGGCAAAUUGUUAGUGUUCAUCUAAAGGUUUGACAAAUGCCGUGGAUUAUAACGUAAGCCGGGCAGAAGAAGAAGAUUGAUGACGAUGAAUAUUGGACAGUACGAUCGUGGGCAUUUAUUUCCUUCAUUUUCGGGGGAGGAUUUUGAAGGCUGAGCUUUUCAGUGAAUUAUAUUUAAGCUUAGCUCUUGAGAAGCGCGAAUAAUUUGUCCACUCGAAGCAAAGGGGAUGAGAUGGAGUGAGAGCAGUUUUUAGGGCUCAAAUCCUCCUAUUGAUUGCUUCGUCUUUAUAAUCAAGUGGGCGGGUGAUGGCGAUUGGCCUUCGUCAGUUACAUCAUCAUUAUUCGAUAUUCAAUUCAAUGUAUAAAAUUUAUCUUUUUGUUUAAUUUAUGCUUUGGUUGGGAUUUGACAAGCAUUUUUCCCCCUUGGAAGUUGGCCGGCUGUUACACGAUUCGUCAA